CAAAACAAAUCCAUUCCCGACCAAUCAUUAGGGUUUCCGCUUCCUCCUCCUCCAUCUGCGCUCCUACGUCGACGGGGCGCGCCGACGGACGGCGAUGGCUCCGCCCAAUUAUGAGUUCGCCUUCAACUCCAAGGCGUACUCCGACCGCACGCUGGUUCUGGAGAUCGUCGCCGUCGGCGGCUCCUCCCGAUCCGGGUCCGGUGACGGCUCCGUCCACGAACGCUCCGAUUCUACCGCCGUCCACCCAAGGUGUCUUGAUGUCGACGCCAACAAGUCAUCGCCCGGAUCGGGAAUCCACUCCAGCCCCGAGAGCAACCACCCCAAAAAGCGUCCUCGGCCCGACGAUGAAGCUGUAGAAGCCACCCCCAAGGGCGACUACCCCCAAAAGCGUCCUAGGGCCGACGAUGAAGCUGCGGGAAAAAAUGGAGAAGAAGAUGAAGAAGAGAAGGAAAAUGGAGAAGAUGAGGAAGAAGUGCAGGGAGAAGGAACCCCUGUGUUGCGCGUUGAACAGAUGAGAGUAAGCUCGGUCAUUUUAGCUGGCGAGAGUCCCUUUUUUCAAACGCUUUUUGACAACAACUCAUUCAAGGAAUCAGGUGCAGCAGAAGUUAAGCUUAGGCUUACCACAGAAGAGGUGGAUGCUUUGAGAGAAUUGGUCUUUUUCAUGUACUGCAGGAGGCUCAACACUACUGAUCCGGUCAAGAUAAUCGCAGUACUUGGUGCUGCCGAUAAGUUCCAAGCCGGGGCUGCAGCCCAGCAUUGCAUUGCGUUACUUCAGCAAACACCCAUGACUACUGAGAUCGCUCUGAUGUACUUGGAACAUCCUGUGUCUACGGACCUCCUCAACCUUUUUAAGCCAGUCAAGUCAUAUGCUUCCUCAUAUUUUGCUAAAAAGUUCAGAAAUGUAUUCAAAUCCAAUGAUGAGCUGAUGACAAUGCCCCUGUCAGCCAUUACAGCUGUAUUUUCAAGCAGCAACAUUGUUCUACCUUCGGAAGAUCAUGUCAUCAAAUUCUUUUCGAAGUGGGUUGAAGUUCACUAUGCUGAUCUGAUCCAAAGGAAAUCUGUCUUUAACAGUGAUCUGGUACCUUUAGUGAGAUUCGUUCACCUCUCCUGCCGGCAGCUAAAAGACCUUCUUGCCCAUGAUCUGUUGGAUAUGAAGACCUUCUCAUCAUCCAUUGUGUGUGCUCUCCUUUUCAAAGUAGAUGCUUCAUUUUCCCAGUUACCUGAGUUGAGGGUACCAGGCUGGAACUACGCACCACGCUACUACAAGCUGAAGGCGCUCAAGGUUACACAUUUUCAAAAGCCCGUUUAUCAGUCCGUCUGUUAUAUGGAUCUGAAACGUGAAGAAUGCCUUAUACUGUUUCCAGAGCACCAGUUCAUUUCAGAGCCUUUCACAAUUGCAACGAAUCAAAUGAUCUUGAAGGCAAGAUGUAGUCAACAGGAAGGUACUGGGCAUGUAUUUGGUUUGUGUGUUGGCAUAGGCAAUUUUACGCAGCCGGUCACGUGUAGAGUUGAGAUAUCUGUUAGAAGACCUCAUGGGCUAUUUCAGACAGAUUUUAGGUCCGUGUCAACCUUUAACAGCAGUGAUCAAUUGAUUGGUUCUACGAGUCUGAUUCCAUGGGCUCAGCUUACGGCCGAAAACAGCCCCUGGUGGAUCAAUGGUACACUGCAUCUGAGGGUAGAGGUUACCUUGAUGCAGCCCCAGCAGCAGCAGUUCCAUCAACAGGCUCAUCAGCAGCAGCUCCACCAACAGCUCCAACAGCCACCCCAGCAGCUCCAUCAGCUGCCCCAUCAGCUCCAGCAACAAAUAGUCUGAUUUUGUUGAUCUCUUUGCUUGAAGUACUAAUUAUUGUGGGUCACUUAUUAGCUGCGCAUGUGGUUAAAUAUGAGACACUGCCCAUUAUAUAUAUGCUUGAUAAACUUUUCACCUCUUCCUAAUUUAUGUAGCAAGCACCUUUACUCUGCAACUUGUUACCAAUUGGAGCUAUUAGUAUUCUCAUAUGUUACUGGAAAUGGUUAUCACUUUGUAGUAAUUUAAUUCCUUGGUAUCUUGGAUAAACCCUUUCUGUCUGUUGUAUAUAUAGUCAGGGAUUCCUUUGAUGUAUGGUGUGAAACAAUAUGUGUCAGAUUGAGACAGAAUUAUAUUUAUUUGUUUCUAGGGGAAGGCAAUAUAAUUUUUGUUUCUUGCCUAA